AUGGAUUUGCUGGGGAUCCGGGAGAACACCGCCUCCAGACCGUCGCUCAUUUCGUCCAUUUGGUCGUUGCAAGUGCAGACACAGGUAAAUUUUGGCGGUUUUUGAGGAUAUAUCGAAUUUUCUGACAUUCUCAGGUAAAUUUAGGGGUACCAAAAAGACGCUGCAAAAAUUGGGUUUAUCUCCUGAGGAAGUUUUUGUAUUGAAGUGUUUCGUUUGUUUUGAAGAAAAGAUUCAAAGUCAAAAAUAAAAAUGUGACAGCGGGUUUCAUUUUGCUGCCUUUCUUUUGGAUUUCAAGGAUGUAACAUCAGAUAAGCCGCAUUUGAAAAAUAAAUAACUGUAAAGCCAAGGGAGCAAAGCAAAUUAAAAUCUUGUUUGGAAACACUACUCACACAACUUUUUGUCUAAAAAAAACUAAUUUCAGAGGGUAUAACUAUAUAUGUAGUUUAUACACCUUUUAAUCUUUCAAAAAUACGUUCUUAUAUUAAUUACGUGCAUGGCUUACAAAAUGUUACCGAAGAUUUUUCUCAGCUCUCAUCAAAAUCUGAUGGUUGAGAAUUUAAUUCCAGGGAAGCGAUUAUUUAUGGCCGGCCAUUUUCAUCUCAAAUUCAAUGUGAAAUUCCAUUUAUUUUCACCUCAUUGGCCAUUUAUCCAAUGCUGUUUUUAGAUUUUUUCGUUUUUCAUUUUCCCGAAUUCCGCAUUUCUCCUUUGAUAUUCAUCAUGACAUCAUAAUCUCUGGAUAUCAAAAUGAUGAUUAAAAAAUGUUCGAAAAUACGGAGAAAAACAUUCGGGUUAUUUUAAGAGACAAAUUUCAUCAUUCAUAUGUAACAAUGAAAUCUCACCAAGUCGAAAGAAAAGUUUUAAUAGACAAUUUUCAGCAAGAGCCGACCUCACUUGAACUCGGCUCACAGCAAUCACUCCCUCCACUGCCCGAAAAUGUCGCCGAAAGUAGUAGCAACGAGAAUUCGAAUCAAUUGAGGCAUACCAAAAGUUUAUCAGGUAAGAAUUUCAACUUUUUUUGUGGAUUAGAUCAGGUGAAAUUACCGUAUUUUACAACUGCUAAAUUAUUUUUGAGUUACAUAAGACAAAAAUAAAUUUUUUUAGAUGGGUUGAAAACAGACCGAAGAGGUCUGACGGGCAGAUCUUGAUGAAAAUUUACAUUUUAUAAUUAGAGCGAAAGUUUUACAAUUCCAUGCUCGGCGCUUGCCAAAAUAACCGAGAUUUUUGUGUCGAAAGUUGGGGAAAUUUUGGCCCUUCAUUGCUAUAAUUUUUUUUCAAAAGAUGUAUUCCUUUGAAAUGUCAUACUCUUACACGUCAACAGCCGUUUUUCAUUUUGCGUUUUCCAGAAUUACACAUGUUAUUCCGUGACGACGAGAAAGGCUGUCGGAUUCAAGAGGCGCCUUCAUUCGUAUGGCGAAAAGAGAACCCGCAAAACAACGAAACCAAAAUUACGAAGCAGCAGAAAGAGAGGAACAUCACUGAAUGGCUGCAGCAAUUGCAAUUCAACGAUAGCCAGGCCAUGAGCACCUCAGUGUCGCCGACUCUGAGCAGUCGGAUCGACCAAAGUUGA